AUGGCGUCUCCUCCCCAGAAGGUGUCGCUGUACUCCAGCAACGACCUCAAGAACGCAACUGACGAUGCCCUGGCGCCAUACCUCACUAGUCUGCCGAAACCGUACACGUUCAAACAAGACCACUUUACUACCAACAUCAGACUUGCUCUAGGCUAUACCGCCGUCCUCAUCGCGGGAGCCUUGUUCUACGCAGACUGGAAACUCGGCUGGGAUGCCACCAAGCCGUACACUGGCCCUGCUUGUGUCUCAUACUUCGUCCUGAAUGGCAUCCUGACGUACUGGAUCUGGGCUGUCGAGGCGGGCACGGUCUUCUCUGGCGUUCGAGAAGGAGGACAGCGGCUAACCCUCCGCUCCUCCACGCAAAAGUACGUACCCGAAUACAAACUCAAGGUCACGUACAGUGCUCCUUCGACAGGCAAGAAUUGGGAGGACAAGGAGAUCACCGGCAAAUUCACCCAGUGGUUCAACACCCACGGAUACCUCCAACACAAGGAGUUCCAACAGUGGCUGAACAGUAAUAUCGAUGUCUUGAAGACAGCACAGGCGGAGCUGAGCAACAAGGAGAAGUCCAGCGAAAGAAUACCUGUGCUGAUGCCAGCCACCAAGGCGGAGGAGAUAUCCAUGUCUGCUGCAGGGCUAGAGACGGCGAGCCCUGUGCCCGCGAGCGUGAAGAAAAGCCGUCCAAAGAAGAAAGCUUGA